AUGCCUUUGUCCCAAGUCGAUUUUAUAUCAGAUAAUGCUUUGAUGGCCCAUGAGGUUCUUUCAUUCACGAAUGCUUCUAAAGCCCGAAGACGUUUUUAUGCUGCAUUGAAACUGGAUACGAAUAAGGCUUACGACAUAAUUGGAUGGGAUUUUUUUCUCAGGGUAUUACAGUCCUUUGGUUUUCCUCCAUACUGGAUUCACAUCAUUCGUCAGUGUAUGUUUACAGUCUCCUACCAGGUGUUGGUCAAUGGUGAUCCUUCACCACCUUUCCUUCCUCAUUUGUGGUCUUCGUUAGGGGGAUCCUCUUUCCUCCUACAUGUUUGUUCUUGCAUGGAGGUUCUUUCUGCUAUGCUUCGUAGGGCGGAGGAUCAAUCUCUUUUUCUGGGUAUUCAAAUUUCUAGAGGGGCUCUGUCUAUUUCUUAUCUGCUACAUUCGCUUUCCAGGAUGAGCUACAGGCUUUGGGGCCUUCAGGCAGCUAUCCACAGCGGGUUUAAUCGUCUUUUGAUUUAUACAGAUAGCGCUAAUAUGGUUUCGUCUCUUCAACAUGUUCGUCCAGCAAAGGUCUCAUGCUUAUGGUUAUUGGGUGAUAUUCGCCAUCUUCUUGAGGGCCUCUCUGUUUGCAAGAUCAUUGGCUAG